GUUCCUGUGUUGGCACAACAAUUGCGGAAAGAGCGCUCGGUCAUUUUCAACUUGCAGAAGAGCCGACUACAUGCCCUUCAAAGCCUCUGUUCAGGAUAUUUAUACCAGUAAAUUUCACAGUAAAUGUACUGAUAAAAAAUACGACCUUUUGAAAUGGUUGUAUAGCAGUUGUAGGAGCAGCUCCACAGUAUCUUAGCCUAGCUUGAACCGGAGAGCUGCUGAACUGGACGAGUUAAGAGUAGGUUUGGAUAUUAAGUUUAGCUAAGUUGGGUUUUUACAACUAAAGGUUUGCUUCAGCAUCCUAACAUGGAGUCAUUUGGAACCGUUGGCACAGUUCUUGGAUGCUCUGCGGGCAUUGCGGUGUGUGGGCUUGUGUUUGCAGCCUACAAACUUGGCAUACUCUACCAGUUGUUUCACAAGACUGAAACACAAAGUCCACGGCAUGGUGGCGAAAGUGUGGCAGAGGUCCUCCGUGCCCAUGGGGUCAAGUAUGUUUUCACUCUUGUUGGUGGACACAUUUCGCCCAUCCUGGUGGCCUGCGAGAAGGUCGGCAUCCGCAUCGUGGACACCAGACACGAGGCCACUGCUGUCUUCGCUGCUGAUGCUGUGGCAAGACUCUCAGGCACUGUUGGUGUAGCAGCGGUAACUGCCGGCCCAGGCCUCACUAACACAGUUACAGCAGUGAAGAACGCUCAGAUGGCUGAAUCUCCAUUGCUCCUCAUAGGGGGAGCUGCUGGUACACUACUGCAGGGCAGAGGAGCGCUGCAAGAUAUCGACCAGAUGUCUCUGUUCAAGCCGCUGUGUAAGUUCUGUGCCUCCAUCAGGACUAUCAGAGAGAUUGUGCCUACGGUCAGGAGGGCCCUGGCCAUCGCCCAGUCUGGAACUCCUGGUCCUGUUUUCAUAGAGUUCCCCAUCGACACACUCUACCCCUACCACCUGGUGUCCAAAGAGUUUGGGGUUAAGAACCCUCCCAAAGGCCUGAUGGGAAAAAUCGUCUCAUGGUACCUCAGUAACCACCUCAUGAACCUGUUUGCUGGAGCCUGGGAAACCAGAGAUGUGUCUCCACUUCCUGUUGACAUUCCACAAGCCACAGACGAUCAGGUACAAAGGUGCAUAGAGCUGGUGAGUCGAGCCAAGAAACCUGUUAUUCUGCUGGGUAGCCAAGCAACACUACCCCCAACACCGGUCGAUGACAUUAGGAAGGCAUUGGAGGACCUGGGCAUUCCCUGCUUCCUUGGGGGCAUGUCUCGUGGCAUGCUGGGUAAAGACAGUCCCAUCCACAUCAGACAGAACAGGAGAGAUGCUCUGAAGGAAGCCGACCUGGUGCUCUUAGCAGGCACUGUGUGUGACUUCCGCCUGAGCUACGGCAGAGUUCUCAACCGACGAAGCAAAAUCAUCGCUGUCAACAGGGAUAAGACACAGCUGCUGAAAAACUCAGAUAUGUUCUGGAAACCAACUAUAGCAAUUCAGGGUGAUGCUGGUUCAUUCUUAGUGCGGCUUUCUAAAGGCCUGAAGGGCCAUCGCUGUCCAGAGGAAUGGCCUCAGAGCCUCAAAGCAGGAGAUGUAACCAAAGAAAGUGUAAACAGGGCUAAAGCUGAUGAGAAGACCGAACACCACCUAAAUCCACUAAAUGUCCUCCACCGUGUGGAUGAGCUGAUGGCAGAGGACAGCAUCAUUGUCGCUGAUGGCGGUGAUUUUGUUGGAAGUGCUGCUUACAUAAUGAGACCAAGAGGACCUAUGCGCUGGCUGGAUCCAGGAGCCUUUGGGACCCUAGGAGUUGGAGGAGGAUUUGCCCUGGGGGCAAAACUGUGCCGACCUGAAUCUGAGGUGUGGAUAGUGUAUGGUGACGGCUCCUUAGGAUACAGUGUUGCAGAGUUCGACACGUUCACCAGACACAAGACACCAGUUAUAGCUGUGGUGGGAAAUGAUGCAUGUUGGAGUCAGAUCUCCAGAGAGCAGGUUCCCAUCCUUGGCAGCAAUGUGGCGUGUGGCCUUGCAUUUACAGAUUAUCACAUAGUGGCAGAUGGUUACGGUGGUAAGGGCUACCUUAUAGGGCGUGAGGACCAGGACAGGCUAAGCGACAUCAUCAGACAGGCUCAAAAGGAGACCCAGGAGGGCAAGGCUAUACUUCUCAAUGUUCUGAUAGGGAAGACCAACUUUAGAGAGGGCUCUAUCUCUGUUUAGAGCAGAGAUAUUUUUCUUCCUUUAACACUGGCUAUCUUCACAGAGUUUUACUAUUAGACUCUGAAAGGAUUUCAGCAAGUAGUACAAAAUUAUUUAACCUUGCCCUGACCAGACCUCUGCUAAUUUUGUGUGCCCUUAAAGCCAUAUUUCACUUUGAUAAGAGGAACUGUCCACAUUAUGCUGCUUUCCCAUAAGAGUUCAGUUAUGACAUCACUUACUUCCCUCAUUGGAUUAGUCAUAAAUCAUAUUAGUAAAUCAUACAAGUACCAGUCAUGACUAUUAUUAUUAUUAUUAUUAUUAUUAUUAUUAUUAUUAUUAUUAUUAUUAUUAUUAUUAUUAUUAUUCAUAGCCACUUUAUUUAUUUAUGUAUUUAUAUAUAUUUAUUAACUCUUAUGUUCCACUUAUACUUAAAACAUAGCUGCAGAUCUGACAGCCUAGAAACUAAAGCUUUUGUUGUGCGUGCUACUUUCAGGGUUACGUUGUGUUCUUUGAAAGCAUUUUGAGAAGGGAAAUUACGAAAAGUAAGAAAACCUUGCUUUGAUUAGGAAUUUUACCUCUUCGGGUGCUUUGGAGUUUUAUUUUUUACCUUUAACCAGCCUAUUAUAACUUAGAUAGAUGUUUCUUGCAAAUAAACAAGUGACAGAAAAUCACUCUGCUUGAGAGAGAGCAUUGGUUUAAGUUAUCAAAUGUGACCAGUAUGCCUUUUCCCUCGCCUUUCUACGAGGAUUCAUGAAGUCUUACAGCUGUGAAGUUCUUUAUCAGUUGGGAUAAAAAUUUGUUAAAUGGGAAUUAUUUUUUGGAAUGUUGAAGAUUGACAAAUCGUAUACCUUUUAAUGUUUGAUUGUAUAUUCAAAUCAUUUCACCCCUUUUACACAGCCUGUUUGAAGCGGGAAUGUUGCGUUAUUCCACCUCACCAUUCUGUAUAAAGGUACAAACACUUUUGGGAGGACGGUGUUGUUCUGGCAACAGGGAAUAGUCACAGAGCUGAAUCAACAUCUGAGUAAAAGGGAGAGCUGUCAUGGCGGGACAAUAUGCCAGCCUUUUUUGCUUCAGUGUAAACAAGCAAAAGCAUCAUAAUGAGGGGUCGGGUCUAUAGCAGGAUCUUUAUAUAAAAGAGGUUAUUGAUAUGUAUAGAUUGAAAAUAUGUCUUCUCAUUCAGUUAUGUUUUUAAAUGAUAUUUAAUACUAACUUGUAUGCAGAGAUGUGGGCUAAAAUAUGCCUAUACACAAUAUAUAUUGCAUUACAAUUAUAAUUUACACUCCAGACAAACAUGUAGGGGCCAUCUCACUCCAAUAUUGCUGUUUUAUUUGGUACUUUAAGGGAUUGGAUAAUGUCAGACUUUUGAUUAUAAAAUGUUAAUUUGGAUUAAUUCUCAAAUAAAUUUAAAAAAGAAA